AUGGACCUUGCAGAUCCCACUAUCGAGCUUACGCCGCUAGAGAGCACACUACGAACCCUUCUUCUCGAUGUCGCAGAGUACGUUCAACAUAAUGAAGUGGCUGACGGGGCUAGCGAUGCGGCCAAGAAGGCAGAGACCGUCUUACGCUUCACGGGUGGUUGGGUUCGAGACAAAUUGCUAGGGAUAGAAAGUCACGACAUUGACGUGGGGAUCAGCAAUAUGACUGGAUAUCAAUUUGGCAUGGCCCUCAAGGAAUAUUUGGAUCAGCCUGAACGCCUUGAGAAGUACAAGAAGAGCCUACCGAACGAAGAAAUGAGCGACGCAAUCGUCAGCCUCCACAAGAUUGAAGCCAACCCAGAAAAAUCAAAGCACCUAGAAACCGUCACCACGAAGAUCUUUGGCCUGGACAUUGAUCUAGUUAAUUUGCGGAAGGAGACAUAUACGGACGACAGUCGAAAUCCGCAGAUGGAAUUCGGAACAGCGGUCGAGGAUGCGCUGCGACGGGAUGCGACGAUAAAUGCGCUGUUCUACAAUCUGAACGAAUCGAAGCUGGAGGACUUCACCGAGCGAGGACUGGAUGACAUGCGGAAGAAGAUCGUCCGCACUCCCCUUGAACCAUAUCAGACAUUCAAGGACGAUCCUCUUCGGGUCCUGCGACUGAUCCGAUUUGCCAGCAGGUUAGGUUACAAAAUCGACCCCGAGGCAGAGAUCGCGAUGCGAAAUGAAGAUAUCAGCGUGGCCUUGAAACUGAAGAUCAGCCAUGAGCGUGUCGGAACAGAGCUCGACAAGAUGCUCCGCGGUCCAGAUCCUCGCGGUGCCUUGGAAUUCAUCGACAAAAUUGGCCUCUACCCCACGAUCUUUGCGAACCAGUACGACGACAUCAUGGCGGAUACAUCUAAAUGGUACCUGGCUUAUAAUGGGUUAGCCCGUUUCCUCAGUUCCGAUUUCGAGGAAGACAAAGGCCUGCGGUCGACUGUGGUGAACUUGAGAAAAAUGCUGGUCGGCGAUGAUUCGUUAUACGCUUGGAUGAUUGCCACUUUUUCUCCGUGGGCUCCUAUCCCUGCUCGGACUGCUCAGGGCAAGAAAGGACCGCCUCAGCGCUGCGUAGAAAUUGCCAGAGAUGGUCUUCGCUGUGACAACAAAAGUCUCACUGUUCUCCGUGACGCAGCUCUGCACUAUGAAGAUAUCAUCAAAUACAGGACAGCCAUCCAGGAGAAGUCACGCAGUGGCAGUAUGCUCUCUGCAGAAGAUCGGCAACAAACAGGCCUUAACAUUCGCAAAUGGGGUAAAGAUUGGAAGCUCUGUGUACUCUCGGCUAUACUCCAGGAGAUAAUCCAAGGCCACGAUUUCCCAGAGGUGAUGGAGGACUACUCACACUUCAUUCAGUACAUCCUUGACGAGCGCCUAGAAGAUGCCUACGACCUCAAGCCCAUCCUCAAUGGUGACGACAUCAAGACAGCUUUCAACGCGAAGCCAGGUCCAUGGAUGAGCAAAGUGACUGCGGCAGUAAUCGAGUGGCAGCUUUUGCAUCCGGACGGAAGCAAAGAUGCCGCACUGGAAGAAAUCACACGGCGUCGUAAAGAAUUAGGCUUCUAA